AGCUGUUGAGGAGAAUGAAGAAGAGCUGCAGCCAGAACAAGACCGUGCGGAGAAGCGGGAAGCACCCUCAAGGAGAUCUAUUAGCCCAGAGGAGGCUUGCACCAGCAGACAUUGGUGCCCGCAGAGCCUAAAGGACCAACAGCCUCAUCAAGACUUUGCGGUGCAUCAGCAGGAAGGGAAGAAUUCCAGCAGCCAAAGGUGCCUGGAAAAGUCGGGGGUGUGGGGGGAGUGUGGGAAGAAAAGCAUGAAUGUUCGGGGCCACAGUAUGCCCACCCCAGAGAGACCACACCAAUGCACCGAAUGUGGACGUUGCUUCCGGCAGCACUCCAUCCUGCAUAAACAUCAGAAGAUUCACACGGGGGAGAAGCCCUACCUGUGUGUGGCUUGUGGCAAGAGAUUCAACCGCAGCUCCAACCUGGUGCAGCACCAGCGUGUCCACACAGGGGAGCGUCCCUUCCCCUGCGCCGCCUGUGGCAAGGCUUUUACCCAGAAAUCGGAUCUAGAGCGUCAUCAGCGGGUGCACACAGGGGACCGGCCAUACAUUUGCCAGGACUGUGGGAAAUGCUUCUCCGUCAGCUCCCACCUCGACCGGCACAGGCGCACCCACCAGGACAACCCUCCGGAGAAGCCUUCAGCCGCCUCUCUGGUCCCCGCUACCCAUUACUGUCCCAACUGUGGGAAAUGUUUUGGACAACGUUCUGCUCUCACUAAGCACCGUAAGACUCAUUCGGGGGAGCGCCCGUACCCUUGCAGCGCCUGUGGCAAGCGGUUCAGCCGCAGCUCCAACCUGGCGCAGCACCAGCGCAUUCACACAGGGGAGCGCCCCUUCCCGUGUGCUGACUGUGGCAAGAGGUUCAUCCAGCGUUCUGACCUGGAGCGCCACCAGCGGGUGCACACCGGGGAACGCCCGUAUACUUGCGCCCAGUGCGGCCGGGGUUUUUCCGUGAGUUCCCAUCUCGACCGCCACCAGAGAGUCCACCAAGCCCUCGCGGUGGCUGCAGCUGCCCACUGCUGCCCAGAACACGUGAAAGGGUUCCUCCUCAGCAACGGGGCCAAGCAGACCCUGAAAUACCAGCUGUAUGGCGGCAAAGGACGUCUCACUCGCGGUGGCCAUUGCUUGGACUGUGGGAAAAGCCUGAGCAAGCUUCCCGCUCAGCCCCCGGGGAUUGCGGUGGAGAAGCCGUACAAGUGUGAGGCUUGUGGGAAAGCCUUCGCCCAGCGCUCGGCGCUGAUGAAACACCAGCGCAUCCACACCGGGGAGAAGCCUUUCUCCUGCGGGGAGUGCGGCAAGGGCUUCAUCCAGAAGUCAGAUCUGACCAUCCACCAGCGCAUGCACACCGGGGAGAAGCCGUACCGCUGCGACACCUGUGGCAAGUGCUUCAGUGUCAGUUCCAACUUGCUGACUCACCAGCGCACCCAUCUGGGGGAGAAGCCCUACGCCUGUGGGGAGUGUGGCAAGGCCUUCGUCCAGCGCUCGGAGCUGACCAUCCACCAGCGGACCCACACGGGGGAGAAGCCCUACAAAUGUAGCCUCUGCAGCAAAUGCUUCAGCCGCAGCUCUCACCUGAACCGUCACCGGCGCACCCAUAGCGGCCAGACGGACUCAGCUGCUCCAGUCCCUUCCCCAUUGCUUGCCCCCAACCCCCACAAGCCAAGCAUUCCUCUGCCCAGCUCCGUCUUCUCCGCCUCCUUUUCUUCUCCCAGCCCUCUCCCUCCCUUACCUGCCUUCCCUUCCUCGCCUUCCCCUCUUCCCCUCCCUGGUUUGGAGCUGCCUUGGACUCUCCCCUUCCCAUCCCAGGGUUUUUCCCAUCCAACCUAUGUGCCCCCUGCUCCAGACACAGCCCAGGCUUCUCUCACCAACUAGUUCUUCCCCUUCCAACCUCUUCUCUUUAUUCCUGCUCAAUGUCCUCCUUCUCUUCCUUCUAGCUGCCCUCCCAAAUCCGUUCUGGUUUUGCUUCUUCCUUCUCCUUCUCUGUUCAUUGAGCUUCACUGUUCCCCUGCUCUGUUUUCACUGGCCAUCCAUGGGGAAGCUAGAAAGGAGAAGCCGGCAGAAACGGUGGGCGUGCACCAGUGGGCUGUACAACAAAGGGGCUUGGCCCUUUCCUUCUUCCCGCCUUCUGCAUCAUCGCGAGACAGUAUCAAACUCUCCGUC